GUGAGUUUGUGUGCGUGUCGGUGUGGUCCGUCCUUUAGACGUUUCUGGUUAUUCUAUCGGUCGGUGUGCGGCAGCCAGGAACGAACCCAAAAGCCAGCGAAACAGUGUCGUGCAUGUGUCGCCCUGAUCCGGUCCACACUGACGGGGGUGGGUUGCGUGUGUGUGUGUGUGUUGUGUGUGUGCGGCUGCUGCACUUUCUAACAUUCAAAAAAAAAAAUCGCUCAUCCCUAUCAAACACAAAUAGUGCUUAGUGUGUGAAACGUGGUGGUCGUGCGUGUGCGUGCGGUUUUAUUGUUGUGCAUUGAACACGAGUGGACGCAGAUCAUUACUGCGCCGAAAACGUGCGCGCAACAGCACACUCGUGUGAGUCUGUUAGUGGUUUCUGGUUCGGCGGUGCGUUGCUUGGGCUGCUCGGGAGGAGGCUUCGUGAACGUGAACGUUUCGGCCAUCGUGAAACAGCCACUCGCACCGAGAUGCCCCUGUUCGGCAAGUCGCAGAAAAGCCCCCAGGAGCUGGUGAAGGCACUGAAGGAGGCGGUCAACUCGCUGGAGCGCGGCGACAAGAAGGCUGAAAAGGCGCAGGAAGAUGUCAGCAAGAAUUUGGUGUUGAUCAAAAACAUGCUCUACGGUACGUCCGAUGCCGAACCGCAAACCGAAAUCGUCGUUUCCCAGCUGGCCCACGAGCUGUACAGCACCAACCUGCUGCUGCUUCUGAUACAGAACCUGAACCGCAUCGACUUCGAAGGCAAGAAGGACGUGGCACAGAUCUUCAACAAUGUGCUCAGACGACAGAUCGGCACCCGCUCGCCGACGGUGGAAUACAUCUGCACAAAGCCCGAAAUUCUGUUCACGCUGAUGGCUGGGUACGAGCAUCAGGAGAUCGCGCUGAACUGCGGUACCAUGCUGCGCGAGUGCGCCCGUUACGAGGCGCUCGCCAAGAUCAUGCUGCACUCGGACGAGUUCUUCAACUUCUUCCGCUACGUCGAGGUGUCCACGUUCGAUAUUGCGUCCGAUGCAUUCUCCACCUUCAAGGAGCUGCUCACCCGCCACAAGAUCCUGUGCGCGGAGUUCCUCGAGCAGAACUACGACAAGGUGUUCAACCACUACGAGCAUCUGCUCAACUCGGAAAACUACGUGACGCGGCGGCAAAGCCUUAAGCUGCUCGGCGAGCUGCUGCUCGACCGGCACAACUUCACGGUCAUGACGAAGUACAUCUCCAACCCGGACAACCUGAAGCUGAUGAUGAACAUGCUCAAGGAGAAGUCGCGCAACAUCCAGUUCGAGGCGUUCCACGUGUUCAAGGUGUUUGUCGCGAAUCCGAACAAACCGAAACCGAUCCUGGACAUACUGCUGCGCAACCAGGAAAAGCUGGUCGACUUUCUGACCCGCUUCCACACCGACCGCUCGGAGGACGAACAGUUCAACGACGAGAAGGCUUACCUGAUCAAGCAGAUCAAGGAGCUUAAGCCGGCCCCGGAUCAAUAGUCGUGCCGCGCCGACAUUGCCACCCGCUCAUCCGCAACCGUUAGCGAAACCGUCGGCAGCGUCGUCGUCGCCGCCGCCGCCCUUCGGUCGUAAUAGUGUCCAGCGCGUAGUGGCUGGAUCCUGUUCUUCGACCGUGCUCUGCAAGGAGAAGCAAAAAAAAAUACCCCAGCGUCACCCCUUGUGUCCGCCUCUCCAGUGUCGAACACGUGCACUUGACUCGGAUUGAACGUUUGGUGCCCAGACGAAAGCCAAACAGCCAAACCGAGCGGUACUAGCGCCCACAACACACACAUACAAAUUCCUCAUAAACAAACACACACAUACACACAUACGCACACAAGCAGAAACACACGAAACUAGACAAAAUAGUCAUAGCGAAGCGUAAACGAACGAAUAGCAAAAAAACGAGAUAUACCGAGAGAGAGAGAGAGAGAACGAGAAGAACGGUGCGAAUGGGGUCACCAUCUUUAGCGAAGGCAUACGAAAUCAAUCGAAAGAGGAAGGUAGAUUAUCAUAUGAGGCAGGGGACGCACGCACGCACCCACGGUUUGUAGCGGUUUAUAUUUUUCUGUUUUGGCUUUUUUUUUUUUUCUUAGAGCGACGCAGAUUUUGGUCACGUCCAGCUCGUCUCCAGCUUAAAAUUGGCAAUUAGAAUUAGGUCUAAAAGUACGACUUAUGUUUUGUCCCAUGUGCACCCGUAGCUCAAUGCAAUUAAUCCACGCACUUUCCCACUACCCACUCUCAAUUGAACGUUUACUUGUGGUUUAUGUUGUGUGUUUAGUUUUUAUUUUAUAUUUAAUUUACUCUCUGUCCCUAUCGGUAUGCUCCAUGUAAUGCAUACCCACAUGCAUAUUUGAAUGUUUCCGUGUUUUUUUUGUUCUUUUUCGUUUGUUUUUUUUGUUUUGCUCGUACUAGUACGUUAAAGUGUUAGCUGGUUUUUUUUUCAAACAUGCUGAUUGUGGGGCAUGUACAGCUUUAGGCAUUAUUAUUGCGCGGAAAGCUUGAAGUGGAAAGGAAGGGAGCGCGAGAGCGACAGAAGAGCGGGACAAAAGUUAUCCGAUACAUAGUGUUAGAUAAAGAUAUAUAUUGUAAAUAAUUCUAUUCCACUUAUAUGUUGGCCCACGGUUCGCCGUUUGACGCGAUUGACCAGUAAAAAAAAAAAGAAAAUUCAAGUGCGCAAACAAGGGCCUCGCAAUUGCAAUCGCAUCAUAAGCUCUGCUCCCCCUUUGUGCUCAAAUGUGGCGCUCGGUUCAAGGUAAUUGGUAGGGUUUUGCAAUAAGCGUAUUUUUCUUUUGCAUCCCUCCGCAACAACGGCAGAGAAGUGGAGUCGACCCCAACCAGCAAUGGCAGUGUGAUGAUGGCCAACGUAGCGUUUGCGAAAAGAGGUAGGCUCUGGUCCCCUUGGCUAGUUUAAUAGGUUACCGAUAAAGAUUCGGUUUACUUUUCUCAACCCGAAACAAAACGCCAAAACUGUAAAUGCGAACGAUUUUGCCACCAGCACCGGAUCUACCAAUAAUAAGCAAUACGAUAGCACUGGAUGAUAGAAACACUGAGGGACGCCAAAAAUCACGAAAAUUUUGUAUAAUGUUUGUUUCUUUCCUAUACAUACAACAACAGCAACAGAAAAAAACCAUAAACAAAUCUACCUGUUGUAUGGAAGUGCGUUUGAAAAUGCGUCAAAAUCCAACGUCAACGGUAACAGUCGGGUUUAGGUUGAAGAGGUUUUGUUUGCUUUUUGUUGGAAUGCUUAUUCAAUGCGUACUGUGAACGAAGUCCCGCUCCCCGCCCCCCUCCCAACACAUAAUUUCUAAUCAUUAUUACAAAAGAAACAAAAUGCGGCAUUGCACGUACAUACGAAGACCGAAUGGUGAAAGGUGGGGAAAGGCAGCGGGAAAACAAGGGAGAGCGAAGAAACCGAGUAGCAUAGUAGCGCGGCAUUAAGAAAAGUGGGUAUAGUAGAGUCAUAGGAUUUUAAAAGCAAAGGAAAAAGCAUAAAUAGACUGUGUCUUAUAUUAGCGUGAACAAAAUUAGACGAUAAAUCCAUACUACCUUCUCCACUCUCACCCCCCCACUGGUCUCCAUCUUCCCGCCCUUCCGGGGGCUGUUAUUUUAAGCUGCCUCUCUAAUCAAAAAACGCGCCAUCCGCCAAUCACAUACCCGCUCACGGGUAACGAACGUGUUAGUACGUUCCGCACGAUUCGGUUAUUCGAAAUUUUAGCAAAACUCAUAACUCCCAACCUGAGCAUCCACUCGUUUCAGUUGUCAAAUUUGAUGCAAAAAAUGUGUAAUGUUUUCGGGCUUGUUUUGUAUUUUAUUUUACAUUUUGAGUAGUUUAUUUUGUUUUUUUUUUUUUUUUUUGUUCAGCUUGCCCUCGGUGGUUAAGCUGUAGCUUGCCUGUAGUCGCUUGUCAGAUUGUUUAAACCCAUCCAAAUUUGGUUGGCAGCCGCAACCCUCCAACCCGGAAAUAGUAGCAACCUUCACUGCUGUAUCAGCUGUUCGGUUUACGAUCAUUAGGGCGUGUACCGUAUGUGAAUGCUUGUCAUUUAUGAGAUUUCUCACUCCGUUUCCGAGCGGAAAUGGUGGACAUUGUUUAAUGCAGAAACAUAAUUAUUUAAUAAAAAUCUUUUUUUCCAACGGUGGGGAGAUCAACAUUAAAAAAGAGCAGUGGUAAAAUCAGUUCACUUUAGACUGCAAAAGCAUAUAUGAGAAACGUUUGGUCUAGCGAGCGCAACCAACCAAGAGAUUGGCAAGUGCAGCAGAGUGCAAAUACAGUAAUAAGUGCACAUCAUAACGGAGAUUUCCUUGGAUACCUGGAUACGAGAGAGAGCUAAACCCUCCAUUUCAACGCAGAAAUUUCUAAACCAAUGGCUGCUAGAAAAGAAAAAAAAGUGUAUUGAUUUAAUCCUCUAACUAUGUUAUUCAACAAAUAAUUUGUGCUUGUUUGGAUCGAUGAAAUGAUAGGAAGCGUUAGAAAUAUUCAAAUACAAACAUUUUUGCCAAACACCAUAGGUAACAAAAAAAAACACAUUAACAUUUAUAAGAUUUUUUUCCACAUCCUUGGGUUACUUUUUCUUAUCCAGGUUUCGAUGUAUUUAAUUUUUUAAAUAUUCAAAUAAAUCUCCCACUGGCGCUUAGGCAUAAAGUUUACUUGUUGUUAUUAGUAAGACUCUGUGCCGUCAACCAGAAGAAAGCAAAUCUUUAACGAAAUAUCAAACACAUCGACUUUUCCCCCCCACCCUUCUGAACACUAAAAACCAACCGCUUUGUUUUGGUUGCGCACGUGCUUACGCUGAUGGAAAUGAAGUAUUUUUUUCGGCAUGCAUUACAGGGGUUUCCCAGGAGUUAUCAUAGCUGUGGGGCACUUUAUUGGCUCUUCCUUAGGGGAAAUGAGCUUUAUGUGACGGAGAUUGAACCCUAUAGCACCCUUGUUUGACAAAUCUAAUAGGAAUUUCCAAGGAACCUGUCCAAAAAGGUUGCCAUAGAGUUCAAUCUCCAACAUGUGGAGAUCAAUUCCACAAGAGUCAAGGAAGUGUCUCACAAACAGUCAUGAGCAUCACGAGAUAUUCACCAACGAAAACAAUGAACAGCGGAGCGCACACAACAGAAAUGAUCAGAGGUGAGACUCAAACUGUUGGUGCGACCUUCUGUCAUUUCUGACAUUUUCUGUCGGUGACAUUCACGACAUUUUUGGAAUAUACUUGGCGUGUGGUACUAAGCAACAAAAUGGGCAUUCUUUCUCGCUCUGUCAGCUUUGCUUGUCUGUCCGGUCAAACAGAGCCAGAAACCGUGACGCUGACAUGAAUUUGUUUCAGCCGGAAUUUGUCAUGACUGUGUCAGUGACAUUUUUCAGAAUUGAUCACAGUAGAAAAAAAUCAUUACUUAGUGACUGACCAAGUCUUGAUCACACCAACCGUUUGAGCAUAACCUUUGAUUAUCACAAUUAACUACGUGGCGCUGACAUGGAUUUUGUUUUAGUCAGAAUUUUUUAUGACAUUGACAGUAACAUUUUGCAGCACUGCCCAAAACUAUGAGAACCCCUGGAAAAUCCUGUACUACGCAUUCAGUAAAUGUUUUCACAUUGAAGUGUGAUUUAAGCGGUAACGAGUUAGAAUAGAUCAAAACAGACUCAAACAGAAACGGUAUUGAAAUAUAAGAAUUGUUUACUGUUUAUGUUCUCACUUUAUGAUACUUGUGAUCGUGCAGGCGAUCUUGGAAAUUUGUAAGAAUUUUCCCCUACUGCAAUCGUUGGAGCUGAGAGGCCUUACCUUGGGUAGGAGGACACUCCCAGCUCAUGCAUUAAUAUACGUGCAACUUCAUUUACUGUCUAUA